AGCGCGGUGCUCGCGCGUUAAAUGGGUCGCGUGAGGAGCGCGCGCCUCUGUGGCGAGGGUUUAAAUGGGAGGACCGCUCGCGCUGAAGAUCAGAUCUAAGUAACGGUACUGACAGCUCGAGGAUGCCUGACAGCGCGUGCGCGAAACCCAGCACGGAGCUCAGAAAGUCUUCAAAGCCCAUUAUGGAGAAGAGGAGGCGCGCGCGCAUCAAUCAGAGCCUCGUGCAACUGAAGGCGCUCAUCCUGCACGCGCUGCAUGCGGACGUCUCGCGGCACUCGAAGCUGGAGAAGGCAGAAAUCCUGGAGAUGACGGUGAAGCACCUGAGGAGCGUGCAGCGCGCGCAGGCGGCAGUGUCCCCCGCAGUGUCCCUCACGCUGGGCAGGUACAGCGCCGGCUUCAGCGCCUGCAUGACUGAGGUCACUCGCUUCAUGUCCAGCUGUGAAGGAGCGAGCUGUGAGCUCCGGACGCGGCUGCUAGCACACCUGGCCAGGUGUGUGAUGAUGACUCCGCCCCCACAACAUGCACUGCCAAUCACACAGACUGACACACCUCCCAAAACACGGCUGAUCCUUCCAGCACUGGACACAGAUACUCUGAACAGGAGAAUCCAGCUGGGCGAUCCCGGACGAGCCCCCACGUUAAUAACCCCCUCGGCUCAGGAACCCUCAGGAACCGCUGUGUGGAGGCCAUGGUGAAACCACAGAGACUCGUAAUGAUCUACACACCGGAACCGGACCGGCCCUGAGGACAAAGCAGAACACGUCCAGAGACACUCGGAACCCUGAGACACUUCAACAGUUACCACUUAUAUUUCAAAUAUCCUCAUACAUAAAACUGUACCAUACAAAAUAAAGGUUCUUUUACUUUUAAUAAUAGGGAAACUUUUUGUGCUAUAUGGAACUAUUUUUGGAGUUCUUUAAAGAACCACACACAACAAAUCUGUCAAAAUAAAAGAAAAAUAGAUUGAAAACUUUUCUAUUUUUACCAAAAAAAGGUUGUUGUAUUGCUGUUCAGUCAAGAUUGUACAGAUGUAGGUUCUGCUCAGGUUCCACAGUGAAGUUCCACACAAGAACACAAAACAAUGAUCUUCUGUAGUAACACAGUUAUUAACGUUCGAGGAUGAUGUGGUUUCCGCCCGUUCAGUCUGAAGGGUUAACAGUGUUCUGUUGUCAUGUUGUGAAGGUCAGUAGGACAGAUGUCCUCCACUGGCCUUCAUCUAGAACCUAAAGGUUCUGCACUAAACCUGUGGCUCGUUUUUGUUUGUCACACUUUUAUAGCAACUUUUUACUAAUUGGAAACAGAUUCAAAGAGAAAAUAAAGAAUGUUGAAUCCCUGUGA